UCAGUGCAGCCCAAGUUGUGUUUAGCAUCGUAACUAGCUACGUAUACCACCUGAAAAUCGAUGGCCGAUGGUCCUCGUAUCACAUCUAAUAAGUGUCAAGUCGCACAGCGCAUUGUUCGUACUGAUACCGACAUAGAAUGCUCUGAGUACAUCGCUGCGAUCGACUUCGGGACAGUUAAUUGCUCCGUAGCAUAUGCCGCACCUGGUGAAAUGGGCGAGCACGGGCCUGUUUUGCUACCAUUUGACACUUUUUUUCGUGUUCCGACUGCCAUACUUUUCAACACGGACGGUAUAGUUGAAGCAUUCGGUGCAGAUGCACGCGAAAUUUAUGGAAAUACUGUCAGGAUUGGCAAUCAACUGGAAUAUACGUUUUUUGAGCAGUUAAAGAUGGAUAUGCAACACGAUCAGGUUAUCAAAAUUAAUGUUGUGUGCUCAGCUGAUGUUAUAUAGGCCUAAAUAUAUUCCCUAUAGUCAGUAAAUCGAGAGAGGAAGGUGAAAGCCAGUAAUGACAAGGAGUACUAUCUAGUUGAAGUAAUUGCCCACAUACUAAAAUACUUAAAGGAUGAGUUGAUCAGAGUACUCCAGGCAUCAGGUUUACCUGUGACAGCCACUUACUUUGAUUGGGUUAUCACUGUGCCUGCUAUUUGGAGAGCAAAAGGAAAGCAAAUGAUGAGAGAAGCUGGAUAUAAAGCAGGUUUAUGCUCCAGGGAACGCUGCCCAGCAUUGAAAGAAGCACAUACCCAUACUCCCGAGCGUAUUGAAGAAGAGAAACCAGAAAAGUUAUCUUUAGCACUUGAACCUGAAUGUACAGCAAUAUUCUGUGAAUAUAAGUCUAAAAUGCAGUCUUCCUGUAACAGUGAAAGCAAUGAAAGUACUAAUGAAAAUUCUGAUAAUUACCUUGUUGUUGAUAUUGGAGGUGGGACAGUGGACAUUUCAGCUCACCGCCUUGUUAGAGAUCCAGAGCCACACAUUCAGGUUAUUCUUCCACCAGCUGGAAAUGACUGUGGUGGAACACAGAUUAAUAAAGAGUUUAUGAGAUAUCUCGAGGAAUUGGUGGACGACUCUGGGUUUAGACGUUUUGUUUUGACCUCUGAUCAAGUCGUAAAUUCAAAACACCGUUUUAUUUUGAGUGCGAUAAUGAAUCAAAAAUUUGAAGAUAUAAAAAAAUUAUUUGGAAAACGUGUAAAAUUUAUGGGUUCGGUCCACCUUUUCCCUGAAUUUGUUGAAACAUAUGAAAAUAAUAUCAAGCGUGGUCUUGAGAAGAGUGAUUCUAUUAUACAAUUAGUAGGCCUUAAUUUACGAGUAUCUCGUGAAUUGAUGACCAGCCUCUUUGAAAAAACUGCUAACGGCAUUAUCGCAUGCAUUGAUGAAGUUAUUGAGAAAGUAGGCAGUAUUAGAUUAAUAUAUCUGGCAGGUGGCUUCGGAGGAUCGCACUAUAUAAAAAAAUUGGUUACUGAGCGAUUGAAAGAAAAAGAUAUUAAAUGCAUUGUUCCAGUAGAUCAUCCAUAUGCUGUAGCAAGGGGUGCAGCACUGUUCAAAAUGAACCCAAGUGUGAUAGAAUGCCGCAAGGUAGAUGCUACAUAUGGAAUACAAGCAAAUACCCGCUUUCAGCAUGGUUUACAUGAUCCAAAGUAUAUGUGGACAGAUGAUGACAAUAAAUUGCAAUGCAAAAAUAUAUUUUGCACUGUGGUAGAAAAAGGUGAUAUUGUUGGAAAAGGAGAAGUAUUUUCGAUGACAUUCAACCCAGCCUCCCAUAACCAGAAAAAUGUGCUGAUAGAGUUUUACAGCUCACAAGACACAGAUGUCUUUUAUGUGACCGGAGAAUGGGGAAUAGGCAAAUGUGAGCCAAGGCAUACAGUUACUAAAAUUGGACAGAUUACUGUUGAUAUGCCUGUUCCUGAUGGUGAUAAGAAACGGGGUGUUGAUGUCAUAUUUAGCUUUAGUCACACAGAAAUAAAAGUCAGAGCACUAGACCAAACAUCAAACACUGAAGUAAAAACAGUACUUGAUUUUUUGAAUACACAAACUGUAUAAUCAUGUUGCUCUUGUGUUCUUUGACCACUUGCGGCAAACGCAAGAGAAACAGUUAGUAUAUCCAUCCAUCACCGUUGUUAGUCUUUCUGUUUUGUGACUGUGUAAGUGCAUACUAUUAGAAAAACAUGUUCAGAUCCAGUGAGUACAAUGACUAGUGAGUUAUUUGAAGUAAUUAUAAGCAAAUUGCGCUCCCGUGUCAGAACUAAUACUAAUUGCAAAAUGCACUAAUCCGUCACAUUUCAAAGUACGUGGAUUAGAAGAAGCUGCAGGAAAAUGCAAAUAAAGUACCAGAAAGACUGACUUGUCAGAGAAGAUAAUUGGUG